CUGAAGUAAUGAUUUCUGUAGAGCUUUAAAAAGAACAAGCAGGCGUUGAACUCCUCAACACAAACUCUUGUUUCAAGCUCAUGAUGGAGUCUGCCAUCGAUAUCCUGAUGUCUAAGUUUAAGGUGUACGCUGGAGUUGACGGUUCAUCUGUGACUCUAAGCAGGGAUGAGUUUGGAAAACUGGUGAAAUCAGAGCUGCCCAACUUCCUGCAGAAUUCUGGAGACUCUGCCGCCAUCGAUGAGCUCAUGAGAUCAUUGGACAAGAACAACGAUGGAGAGCUGAGCUUCAUGGAGUUCUGGCAGCUGAUUGGACAUCUUGCCAGCAAGCAUGGGGGCUUCGACCAAUAGCUCCAUGUGUUCCCGUUCUGUCAGAAUGCCAUCCUCGCUUCUGCUUUUUUUCACGCCCUGUCUGACCAAAGUGAACCCGGUGCUGCCACAGGAGCUGGUCGUGCGCGGCUGCAGCAGUCAUAUUGCAGUUGCGCUCUGAUUUACGCGCACAUCUAGAAUCAUGGAACGGAGCGGGGAUGCAUUGUCUUCAUGUGCAGAUUCUGGCACCUCUGAUUCCUGGAAAAUAAAACUUCCCCAGGGAUCACAUAACAAGGUGUGACGUCAUAUAUGUCGAAGACUCCAGAUGAAAAAUAAACACCAAAGUGGCAUAAAGCGCGUGCCCCAUGUUUGUUUAUUCCUGUCC